AUGACGGCGCAAACAGCUGCCGCCGGUUGUCCAUCGGGGACAUGCGUGUACCAUCCCUCAGAUACCAAGUACCCCGACAUGCUAGCCUGUUGCACAUCUGAUGCCUACUGCGGCUUCUUUACUACGUGCAUGCCUGGCACCGAGGUCUCCAAAACGCCGUCCAUCCUGACGACGCAGGCCGCCUUCACGUUACCGUGCAUCUUUGACGAUAGCCCGGAAUGUGUCACCCAGCACUUUCCCGAGAUCAAUGCCACCAACUAUAUUUGUGGCUCGGUUGCCACCUCCUAUACCUUCUACACGACGGCUCUGGUGACAACCACCAGCGGCACAGUACACUUUUACAACCGAUCCUUGUCAACCGUAGACAGCGAUUUCGUCAACAGCUUCUCGACAACCGAGUACUUCACCGACGGCGACCUUCCAACCUCCGGCACCGUCCUGGAACACACCAACUCGCCUAGCAGCGACUCCAAUAAUACCGACUCACAUACCACGAACAAAGGCGCCAUUGCAGGCGGUGUCGUGGGUGGUGUCGCCGGUGUCGCUCUCCUCGCGGGAGCAGGUUUCUUCCUACUCAAGCGACGAAAGAGCAAACAGAAUCCCAGUGGCGAUGGCGAUAAUGUGAGUGACAGCGGCAGUGGAGCAGGAGAGCACAAGGGGAUUGCGGAAGUUGGGACGAAACACCCGAAGGAAUUAGACUCAGUAGCCGCGCAGCUCGCGGAGAUGCAGGGCAGCACGCCGGUGGGUGAGUUGCAGGGCACGGACGCGAGGGAGAUGCGUCCAGAGAUGCAGGGGUCAGAUGUGAGGGAGAUGGCUCAUGAAAUGCCAGACACGGAGGUGAAGAAGGACUUUGCGGUAGAGCACCCUGAUAACAGGUCAUGA